CCUUGUCCCAGUUUGUGGCAUCUCCAGAUAUGAUAUGUCGAGCCAUCAUGUUUCUCCGUCGUGUUGAACUGCACGUCUGGCGAACUUUGAUAUUGAGCUCCUCACGACCAUUUAUCUCAUGAAAUCAAUAGGCAUACGAGCUGAAUCUGCCGUCAAACUUCUCUCCGAGUUCCUAGACCUACUGGAUACUCCUUAUAUCGAAGGGCAGACACACCCGAACGCCGAACAUUUUGCACAUGAGAUAUACUGUUAUAUGCGGAGAGGCCGUGAUCUAUCGAUUUAUGACAACUUGGUGGAGUAUGAUACCUUCCCAGAUCCUCCGCCCCACGAGCAGGAAAGAGAGAAUCUGUGGUGUUAUGAUUCCCGUUCUCAAUCUUGGUUGCCUCAUCACCGUCAUCACCGGUUCUGAUCUCGAUCCCCGUUAUCUCGACCUCCUUCCCCAACCCUGCGUUAUGAGCACAGAAGAACUCCUCCCGCAACUUACCUCCAAGA